AUGGUGGCGCCCAUGGUGAUCGCGGCGGCGGGGCUCAGGAUGCUGGCGGGAGUGGCGACGGCGAACCGAACGACGGGCGACGGGCUGCCGGUGGCGUCCAAAUGGGACGUGCGGGCCCGUUGCUCCACGUGCAGAGGCACCGGCUGGGAGGAAUGCCUCUGCAGCCGUUGGUCCGACAGCGACCUCGGCUGCAGGACGUGCUCCGGCUCCGGCUGCAAGCGGUGCCGCAGUUGCGGAGGCUCUGGCACUGGCCGGCAGCUUCCGGCGCGACUCAUCGUCCAGCAGCAGAAGCUGCCGACCGCGCACGGGCGCCGCGGAGACUACAACUGA